AUGUGGAAUCCCAGUGCUGAUCAAGGGCCAAACCCAUGUCCAUCCAACCCUGGGUGCCCUGGAGGUGCCUAUCCUGUGUGUCCACCACAUGCACCACCUGCCAAUCUAGCCUUUCCUCCUGGCUCCUGCCCCCCACCCCCAGGAGCUCCCCCGGGGAAUCCAGCUUUCCCUCCAUGUGGGUCUGGUUAUCCUGUGCCCCUGCUGGGGUGUCCAAGACCCCAACCCUCAGGUCCCUAUCCUCCUCCAUGCCCUGGCAUGCCUCCUGUGAAUCCUUUGGCCCCUGGCAUGGUGUGCCCAGGGAUGGUGAUGGAUAAGAAGAUGCGGAAGAAAAUGAAGAAAUCUCAUAAAAAGGCACACAAACACCACAAGCAUGGCAAGCAUGGCAAGCAUGGCAAGCAUUCCUCCUCUUCCUCCUCUUCCAGCAGUGACUCUGACUGAACACAGGGCCUGGACCCUCCCCUCGAGUCUCACCAGUCCUGCUCUCCCAUCAAGCUUCAG